AUGGCAGAAUUUGACGACUUUGGUUUACUUAUACAAAUGGCUCGGCGCGAACUAGUCCACCUUUUGGAAUCCAUGCCGGAAGCCAAAGAACUUGCAGUUGAAGCAAAUCUUAUGCGUCCUCUUGAUGCGAUAGUGUCCAUGUCCUUGUUGCAGCGCCAUAACUGUGUUCGAGUUCAGCAGUUUACAAUGAAUGAUAAACUCCAGUGGGGCGAGGAAUAUUUCAGGCGCGUGUACAUAAUGCGACCAACAGUACUGACAGCCAGGUGUAUUUCUCGGCAUAUUCAAGCUGAACCCAACCGGAGAUAUUCUGUUAUUUUUAUCCCAAAUCGGUCGUAUUUGUGUGAGAUGGAACUAGAACGGAACGGUGUAAUUGGUUUAAUCGAUGUUUAUCAUCUCGAACUUCCACUCAUUCCUAUAGACUCGCAUUUGUUCAGUUUAGAGCUUACUGAUUUCACAAAGUCGACCAUUGUUGAUCAGACACUUAAUCAGCUUUACAAUGUAGCAAAAUCGCUUUGGCAGUUACAGACAUUAUAUGGUUUGAUACCGACAGUAUAUGGAGUGGGAGAAGUGAGCGUUCGAACUAACUGCUUGAUGAAAAAAUUAUAUGCUGAUCUCGGCGAGCCGAGAUCUUCACCUGAUCAACCUGUAAGUCAUAUAUUUCUAUUGGACCGGAACCUAGACUUAACCAGCGUGCUUAUGACCGGAUUAACUUACGAGUCUAUGCUUCAUGAUAUAUUUGGGAUUAGCUGUGGCAAAGUGAGUUUUGGUGGAAAAGUCGAAAAACGUAUCAGGGGCCGUGAUAUCGAAAAAAGUCGUCUUAAAAUUUACGCUCUGAAUAACAACGAUGUACUGUUUUCUGCUGUUAGGAAUAUGCAUAUGACAGCUGUUUUUCCAUUUCUGAGUGCAAAGGCGAAAACACUCCAAGCAAGCUAUGACAAAGGGUCAAGGUUAGAUCAGGUUAAAGAAAUGAAAGAAUUUGUAUCUAACGAACUACUUAAUCUCAGACAGCAGCACCGCUUAUUGGAACUUCAUAUUUGUGCUUGUGAAGAAGUGUUGGAAAAUUGUAAAGGAAUGUCUGAUCGCCUUGCUUUGGAACAUGCCUUGGUGACAGGAAGUUACGAUGCAAAUGAAGUAGUAACAUUUUUGGAUGAUAUGUUGUGCCAGGAAAGUAAUAUGUGGCAAGUUUUGCUUUUAGCUUGCUUAUGGUCAGUUUGCCAGGAUGGAUUAUCAGCUAAGCAUUAUUCAGCGUUCCGAACCAGUUUCUUGCGAACUUAUGGUCAUGAGUUUCUUCCACUUCUCCAUACACUUUCACUCCAAGGACUCCUCGCUGAAAAGAUCACUUUGCAGUCACCUUCAGUCAAGUCUCUGUCGGCCUCGUGGGCCAUUCAGAGACCAACUUUUAAAAACCUAUCAAAAAGAAUGAAUUUACUGCCUGUUUCGGAAGAUAAGUCCGAGGACUUCAGAUCUCCGAAACGCAUGAGCUAUGUAUAUUCUGGUUCAUUUACCCCAGCCUUGUGCCAGAUCAUUGCCGAUACUAUUGAAAACGGCUGGAAUGCAUCUGAAAUAAAAAAAACAUUUGGAGAUUGUGUGUUCUGCGAUCAAAAUUCGUACACUGCCAGUAAACCUCCCGACAGUCGCAUUCGUAAAGCAAUUUUGGCGUAUUUUAUUGGGGGUGUUACUUAUGCAGAAGUCGCUGCACUGACACUCUUAGCACAGAAUAAUAACAUCCGUAUUAUAAUAGCUGCAACAAACGUUAUACACCGUGAACAUUACUGGUUGCAGAAGCCACAAAUUUAUGUAAAGCACGGAACUUUCCUUGGAAAUGAGCUUCCGAAGUUACGAUGUUUGAAUGAAAUAUUUUACCCCACGUGGUGGUGCCCUUUUGGUUUUUUGCAAACAGCAUUCCGUCAGCUCCUUCGCAAAUGUCCUUUGGUUCGCUUCGAAAGAGAAUUAGUAGCACUGGACGAUGGUGGCCAAACAGCAGUUGACUGGCGAUUGCCUGAAUAUGCGGAAUUUUCUGAUGAUUCUCCCAUCGUUAUUUUUCUUCCAGGAAUAACUGGUUCUACACAUGAUUGUGCUUAUAUUUUGUAUUGCGUUCUAGAGUGUGACAGACUUGGAUAUCGGUCUGUGGUUGUGAAUCCGAGAGGUCUUGGUGGAAUACCUUUAAAGACUGCUCAGAUGUACAGUGCAACGUGGACUUCAGAUUUAAAACAUAUAUUGAAUAUCUGUUCCAAAAGAUACCCUAAUGCUCCAAAAGUUGCUUGCGGGUUUUCAAUGGGAGGCAUGAUUUUGUGGAAUUAUCUUGCUGAGUGUCAAACGUCUGAGAACACAGGUUUAAAAGCAGCAAUGUGUAUAUCAAGUCCGUUUGAUCCUGUUGACUCAUCGUUGUCGAUUGAACGUUUCUUUCCUCGAGUCGUUUUCAAUCGUCAUCUUGCUAAUGGCUUGAAACGGCUGGUUACUCCGUACGCAUUGAAAAGCUGUUUUAUACUUUCUAAUAUUUUAAGCUAUAAGAUGAUGUUCGAAGGUUUGUGUAACUGGGAUGAAGUGAUGGCAGCGAAAACUGUUCGGGAAUUUGACGCAUCUUUUACGGCUCCUUUGUUCAAAUACAAAAGUUGGGCUGAUUAUUACCAUGAUGCGGCUCUUUACUGGAAAGUUUUGCGUAUACCAAUUCCGACGCUGUGUCUCAAUGCCGCAGAUGACUGCUUUUCUCCAAUAAAAUGUACAACUGUUCCAUUCAGUGAUAUCCUGAAGUCUGACCACGUUGCAGUCGUGGUGACCAAGCAUGGAGGACAUACAGCGUUCAUGAAAGAUUUCUAUCCAUCGGCUCCAGGGCUUGUCGAGAACCUUAUUUUUCAAUUUACACAGAUGAUAUUUUCUUUAAAAUGA